AUGGAGCAACAGGUGCUCCAUCUGCUCCAAGCAACGACGCGACCAGACACGACCGUCAUUAGAGAUGCCGAGCAAGGUCUCCUUAGUCUCUACCCUCAGCAAGACUUUCCUUUCGCUCUCCUGACCAUUGCUUCACACAAUGACGUAGAGCCUAGCUCCCGCAAGGCCGCAUUGACAGCUCUGAAGAACUAUGUCUCUGCCACGUGGUCACGACAGUUCGACGAGACAUUCACAGGAAACGUAUACCUCAACGACGAAGCCAAAUCGGGGGUCCGUGACCGAGUCUUCACCAUCUGCACGCUUGGGGGCGAUCAAGUACCUCAAGAUGCAGCCAUCCAGGCACUCGCUGCGGGUGUAGCGAGCAAAAUCGCCAGUGUCGACUUUCCAGAUGCGUGGCCUUCGCUUUUACCCUCACUACUCACAAUCCUAAAUUCUUCAACAGACGAUGCGCCAAUCCAUGGGGCUUUGCGCGUUCUCUCCGAACUGAUUGAUGAGGGCUUGACGGAAGAACAGUUCUUCUUCAUUGCACGGGAUCUGGUCAAUGCCUUACAGCAUGUUGCUGUUGACAGCGCCCGGAGCUUAAUAGUGAGGGCGAUGACUCUCAAUGUUUUCAGGGCUUGCUUCGAGAUGCUGGAGAUGGUGAUGGCUGAUCAUGGAGCUGCGGUGAAGGUGUUCCUGAAUGAGUCGUUGAAGGCUUGGAUGCCCUUUUUUAUGGAAACACUGAAGCAGCCGCUGCCCCCUUCUGUGAAACCUGAAGAUGCGUCCUUCCGGGGCCUUGUAGCGCUGAAAGUUCAGGUCGUCAAGACGCUCGACAAACUCCGACAAGUCUAUGUGCAGGCUCUCUCCCCGCAUGCGAUGGCCCUGUUCCAAACUAUUUGGGAAGAAUUAUCAAGAGUUGCGCCGGUUUAUGCUGAACUCUUCAUUGACGGCACCGCCGAAGGCAAACUUGUCGACAGCGACAAUCUAUCUUGCAGCUUGGACGCGUUGAUUCUUGAAGAGCUCGAUUUCUUGCAAGUCACAAUCAGAGCUCCUCCAGUCCGUAAAGAGCUCACAGCCCAAAUGCAGCAACUCGGUGACGCACAGCAUACUGUCCCUUGGCUGCAAGAAUUGAUUCGCGUAUUGGUCCUGUAUGCCAGGAUCCCAAAGGAGGAGGAAGCACUAUGGGAAUACGACGCCAACUUGUAUCUCUGCGAAGCAACGUCACUUACAGCAAAUUACACACCCCGAGCAGCAUGUGCGGAAGUGGCGGUGCGAAGUUUAGGAGAAUGGUUGAAACAAAUUCCCAUCGUGGCUAUGCUGCAUUUCAAGCGGCAUAACCUCCCGAGCCAGACAUCAGGGUGGAAAGAACGCGAAGCACUUGUCUAUAUCCUCAACCAAUGCCUGAAAGACGUCGACGAAAUCUCUGGAAAGCUCAGUCCUCAAACAUCUUCAGCAGUACUGGAAGGACUCUCGGGGACACUUCAACACCCCAAUCACUUCAUGCGUGCGGCUGGACAAAUGGCCCUGGGAUGUUUCUUCAAGGUGGCUACCGGCGAUCAGUUCGUCGAGGCUGGCGCCAUUUCAUUCACCAAUGCUGUAACUGCCUCAUCUAUGGACGAAUCUGACGUGGUCAAAGUCGCGUGUCUGAGCAUUUUGCAUGAAUACCUCGACGCACUCCCUCAGAGCAUUACACGGCCAAUGCAAAAUGCAGUUAUCAACGUGGUGGGUGAAUUUAUCUCCUCGCACGACCUUCGCGACGAUCUCGAAGAUGCCGACGACGUCAAAGCGGCGUUAAUCCAACUCCUUCGCGACGCUAUCAUGCUGGACACAUCUACGAUCACCGCUGAAGGAAACAACGCAAUCGACUUGUUCUUCACGUUGGCAUCGGACGGCGCGUCAAAUUUCCAACUCUUCACUCUCCUCACAGAGGCAUUCGAGGGAAUCGUCUCGUCGGUGUCCUCUUCAGGACAGGAACCGUACGUGCGACUAUGUGCAAGAACCAUUCCGUCUCUCACAGGCGCUUUCGACAUUGCCAGUAUGACCCAAGAAUCCGCAUUAACGAAUCUGGCCGCUGAACUCGUCUCUGCACUCGCCGAAUUCGGUUCCGACCCCCUACCUUCUGGCUUCGUGCAAGCUGUAAUGCCAAAGUUACAACGUGUGCUAAUGGAAGCUGUUGAGCCUGAACUGGUGCGCCCAGCCACCUUGGCGCUCAACCACAUGCUAUCAAAGGGCACGCAACAGUUCCUGUCCUGGACUGACUCUCAGGGGAAGUCCUCGAUCGAGGUGACAUUGACAAUCAUAAACCGCCUGCUCAACUCCCCAGACGUAGACGAGAAUGCGGGCCAAGAAGUCGGCGGGCUUGCGUCAUCUCUGGUCACAAAGUUUGGAGCCGAUAAACUGGGGCCAUUUCUGAUGGACUUGCUCCGCGCAGUGGCUGUCCGUCUUGCAACUGCGGAGAGAAUCCAGUUCAUUCAGAGCCUUUGCAUGGUUUUCGUGGGCCUCUCUCUCGCGGCUCCCAAGGAAGUUCUCGAUUUUCUGAGUGAGGUGAACAUCAACGGCACGAACGGGCUGAGCGUGGUCUUGACAAAGUGGCUUGAGAAUUCUGUGCACUUCGCCGGGUUUGACGAGGUGAGACAGAAUGUGGUGGCGUUGUCAAAGAUAUUCGCAUUGCGCGAUCCCAGAGUCCACGCCGUGAGCGUCAAGGGGGAUUUGAUCGUGGACGCUCAACCGGGCGGACGCAUCAAGACGAGAUCACAGGCGAAGCUAAACCCCGAUCGAUGGACGCAGGUCCCGGCGGACCUAAAGAUUCUGAAAAUCAUGGUCGACGAGCUCGCUAACGCUGCUACCUCGAGGUUUCCUAGCCUUGCCGCCGCUCAAGCGGCUGCGGACGCUCUGGACGAAGAAGACGAAGAAGCCGAAGACGCAGACGAGUGGGAGGACGUCGGAUCGGCUGGGGCCCUUGAUCUGGCCAGCGCGAGCGUCCGAAACGAGCUGAUGUCCCUCAUCGGCGGCGGCGGUGGCGACGCUGCGGGCGACGAAGGACUCAGUCCCACGGGGUCGAGAGCGCGGGACGAAGAGACGGCCGAGUACUUGUUGCAGUGGUUCAAGAACGAGGCUGGACGGGACGGCUUCGCGGCGCUGUUUGAACAGCUGACUGAGGAGGAGAAGGGGAAGUUGAGAGAGUUGGUUGCUUGA